CCCUGCUCAUUUCCAAUGGUUCUCCAUAUGCUCUUGGCUCGUAAGCCUCACAGCAAGAUGGAGAGGAGGUCAAGAAGUGUUUCCCGUUCCGGAAGAAGAGGAAAGGAUUCUCCUUCUACCUCCCAGUCCAGGGAAAGCCGGCAGAGGGCUAGCAGAAAAGGCCCCCUGGAGAGUGGGACCCAGAAGAGCUCUGAGCCAAAGGUGCUGAGGGGCGCCCCAGAGGUGGAAAACAAUAAAGCAGUCUCCACAGUGGUGAACGUGGACAGCGUGGCACACAUUGAACAGGAAGAGAUUCCUGAGGAUUUAGUGGGACUUCUGGAGAGUGAGGUUCAGGAGGAAGCUUCCACUGUUUACUGUUUAUCCACUUUGACUCAUCCCACAGCUCUCAAAAGCAAGACCCUUGGUAUCUGUGAGUGGAUUCUAACUGGAGUGGCCUUAAUUGUGAUCAUCCUGUUCUUUCCAUUCUCUGUGUGGUUCUGUGUAAAGAUCGUGAAGGAACAUGAGCGAGCUGUGGUAUUCAGGUUAGGCCACCUGAUGCCAGGGAAGGCCAGGGGACCAGGUCUCUUCUUCUAUCUCCCAUUCUUGGAUGUUUAUCAGAAGGUUGAUAUUCGAAUCAACAUGUUGGUGAUACCAUCUCAUAAGAUUUUGACCAAAGACAUGGUGACGAUGGAGUUAAGUGCAGUAUGCUAUUACCGUGUGGAGAAUGUCUCUCUCUGCUUCACUGUAGUGACUGGAAUCUCCAAUAUGGUUCAGGUCCUUGUCCAAACCACAGUCAAAGACAUUCUAGCCCACCAUAGCCUCACACACAUUCUAAUACACAGAAGGAGCAUCGCCCAGGAAAUCAAGGUGGCACUGGAUGCUGUCACUUGCCAGUGGGGAAUCAAAGUGGAGAGAAUUGAAAUAGAUGAUCUCUCUCUACCAGCUGAGAUACAACACACCUUUUCUACAGAAGCAGAGGCAAAGAGACAGGCACAGAUCAAGGUGAUUGCUGCAGAAGGUGAGAAGGCUGUCUGUGAGGCCCUGAAGGCAUCAGCAGAGAUUCUCUCUGGCUCUCCGACUGCUGUUCACCUGCGCUACCUUCAGAUCCUCCACAGUUUUGCGAGUGAAAAAUCCACAAUCAUUUUGCCACUGCCCUCUGACCUCCUCAGUCUGGCAGGCCACAGCACCCUGCUGGGCAACUCAGGCAAACCGAGUCUCACAGAGGAUCUGUCAAAGAAGGAGCCCCAGAAAGACUCACCUAUGCUCUAAAUACUUGUUGAUGCCCCAGUUUACUAUUUAUUUCUAACUUUAUCAGAGUGGUGCAAUAUUACAGUAUAACACUGAGGAACAUUCCUACAAGCUAAUCUCCAUAGUCUACAAUGGAUGUAUUGAAGUGAAACAGCAAAAAAGGGACACUGCAAAGAUAGGAUUUUGUCACCUUAAAUUUCAUUAUAGACUUUUAACGGUAGCAUUUCAUAACUGAGAACUGAAUAAAAGCAUAGAAAUGGAAUUACAAAGGUUGCCAAAGAGAUACAUCUAUUUUACACAUACAUUUUAACUAAUUUCUAAUGUCUUAUCAAUUGACAAAUCACAACAAGGAUUUUUUUUAUUAUCAAGUCACAGUUAUUAAGUCACAGACUUCAGAAUAGUGAAUUGUUAUUAAGAUUUGGCUUAUUUGCUACAGCUGCUGUAUCUACUUAGGACAGAAUGGGGUAUGCAGACAUGCUUCUCUGAUAUGCUCAUCUGCAAAACCGUAAUUGUAAAAAAUUGUAAUUUGACAUAUCGUAAGCUUUACAGCUUUUGAUAGGAGAGUUAGCACAGGCUGGAGAAGUAGUCUCUUUCACUGAUGUCACUGCCAUCCUGCAGUGGCCUGGCCCAUUACAAAGCAUAAGUAAUACAUGCAGCUAAUUGUGUGAUACUAUCUGGGAACUCUGGUCACUCAAACAAGUUAAAUGGAGUACUUUGUACUCCGAGUGAGUGCCUAUACUGAUUGGCCCAUCCAGGACGUUUCUGAAGGAUCCCAAAGAAUCUGAAUUAGAUUCUAAUUGUGUCCUCAGGUUUCCAUUUCUGUAAGGAGUUUGAAGUAAUUACUUGGGGUGACGUGGUCAACAGGUAUUAGGAUUCUAAAUACUUGAAUCAUACACAAUAUCCUCUGUUCACUAUAAAACAGAUUAGGCUAAUAACAGGAAUGCUAAUAUGCAAGUAAAGUAGACUGGAACAAUAUUUUAAGUUUAUGGGACAUAUAAUAACAUUUGAAAGUUCAAAUUGUAUCACCAAAACACAUUAAAAGUAACUGGUUCCUGUGUGUGAAUUGAAGAUUAUGCUUAACAUUAAAGAAAACUGAAUAAUU